AUGAACCCAACAACAACAACACCAUCGAUCUCUUCACCACUUGAGCCACUGAACAAGAUCGGUGAUUUUAAAGCUCUUGGUCGAUGUUGUGUCGUUUCGCGUCAUUUUCACUCUUUAGUUCCACAAGUUGCAAACGUUGUUGUUCGUGUUGACUGUGUAAUUUCUGAUGAUGAUUCCAAUUCCUCGGAGAAUUCGAGUGAUAAAUCUCGUGGUCCGUUUUGGAAUUUGUUGAGGUUGGUUUUCGGUGGAAUUGCUAAACCGAUUCAAAAUUUAGGUGAGGAGGAUGGUGAUGGUGGUGUUACACAUCAUUCACCUACUCAGGUUUUGAAGAAUUUUAACAAGAUUUGUUUGUUAUGGGUUGAGCUUCCUAGUGGUGAAUUAGGGAUUGAAGACGGGGUUUUCUCGAAAUGGAGAGUUGAUUCCCCCAAUCUUCAGUUGACUGGUAAAAAAGGGUUGUUUUGA